UACGUAGCGAAACUUUAAAGCGGCGUCGUAAUUUUUUUUUCGGCUGCGAAACAAUAGUUUAGUGCAUCCGGGGAAUUUAAAUCUGCUCCACUGUUUUCUAAGUGAGUCGCAAACUCUGACGCAAAUAUGUCAAUUUGGUCUACGCGAACGCCUAGAUGGGGGGAUAAACAACAUAUUAAAUGAAGCGCAUUAUUUUUCGUUAGGAAGAUUGCCUUUCACCGAGCAGGAAGAUUGAGACUCGAAAAUUUCCACACAUGCAGGCUGGAAGUUUUCCCCAGACGGCGCAAGCCAUCUCUUACUCAAUUUCAGUCAUCCCACUGAACUUCAGUCAAUGAUGAUGCUGACUUUGUCCCAUUUCCUACGAAUUAAAAAAAGCAUGGUAUCAAUUUGACAAAGACACAACAUUGACCAAUAGGCGCAUUUGCGGCCUCAUUAACUUUGCUAAUUGGUGCGAAUCAAAUAUGCGUGAAAAUGGCUCAAACAAAAGCUCGCUGCUUCCAUUCGAAAUCCCAUCGUGGAAGAUAGAAAAAUGUUGAAAAACCGAUUAAUGCUUAUUUGGGCGGUCAUUCAGUUGGAAGCGGUUGGCGUUGUGCGACUGCAUGUAGAUGAAAAUCUGUCUGUAACCCAAAUCAUCAAAAAACACAACUACCCAGUGGAAGAACACACCAUUACCACUGCGGAUAGUUACGUGCUGAAGACGUUCAGAAUUCCACAUGGCCAACAGGGCAAGCCUGAAUCGCGGAAUGUGGUUUUACUCGUCCACGGACUCGCCUCUUCCUCAGACGACUGGAUUCUACUCGGCCCGGACUCUUUGGCCUACCAUCUAGUGGACAGCGGAUUCGAUGUGUGGCUGUUUAAUGCUAGAGGCACUCGACAUUCGCGCAAACAUCUGAAACUCGACCCCGAAGCGAACGCGACUGAUUUCUGGAACUUUAGUUGGGAGGAAAUUGGCCUUUACGACCUGCCGGCCAACAUCGACUACAUCCUCAAUCAUACAGGGGCGGCCAAACUGUUCUACGUAGGACAUUCACAGGGUGGUACCGCCAAUCUGGUAAUGCUUUCUCAACUACCUAAGAUGAACGAGAAAAUCAUGGCAGCCUCCCUACUGGCUCCUGCUGUCUACUUUGUCAACGAGAAAUCCGUGGCUCUUUUAAAAGUAGUCGCAGUGCUGUUCUCACCUCGAGUGCGUAAGAUCAGUUUCUACGAGUUUCCUCCAAAGUCCAGCAGUCAUCUAACUGACAUUUCCAAUCAGCUUUGCUCCUUUCCAGGACUGAUCACCAUCUGCUACAACACCAUUUACUUUGGAGCUCAACUGGAAAAUCAUCCGAUUGAUCAGAAGUUGAUUCCGUUAAUAGUCCAGCAUGCGCCGAGCACCCUCUCCACUAAACAGAUCCACCACUACACUCAAAUAAUGCAAUCGGGGGAGUUCAAACGAUUCGACUAUGGAACUCGCAGAAAUUUGAAGACUUAUGGCUUCUCCAAGCCGCCAGUGUUCGACUUGUCCCGAAUCACCACACCCAUGCUAAUAUUUUACGGAAAUGGAGACUUUCUGGCCAGUCCUCUUAGCGUGCAAAAAAUGACCAACGAGUUGACAAACCAGCACGAAGUAGUUGAGGUGCCUUUCGAUGGAUUUGACCACGUGGACUUUCUAUGGGCACGAAACGCGAAGGAACUAAUCUAUGAGAAAACCCUCGAAAUGUUCCAGAAGUAUGUUAAUUAAGCUCUGUAUGUGUGACUAGACGGGAAUAUAUAAAACAUUGAUCG